CGCGUCAUUGAACCACGGAGCCACAUCGAUCUCAGGAUCCACAUCCUGGAUCACUCUCAGGAUGAUGUGCUCUCAAAUGCCGUGUUCAAGAAGUUCCCGUCGGAGAAGCUAAAGUGUCCUCGUGGUCUACAGGAGGCAGAGUUCCUGAACCUGUUGAGGUCCACCUUCCCUCAGCUGGCUGCUGAUAAACCUUUUGAGUUCCUCAAGACUAACAGAAGCAAGAGACUACAACCUCUGAAUGUAAAGACAGUGAUACCAGAGGAAAUCUCUAGAGCCAUCGGGCAUUCUUCCCUCUACAUUCGACUGAAGCCUUUUGAGGAACUCGAGAAAGAUCCUCCCCAACAGAAAAAAGAUGCAGCUACUAAAAAAUCUCCAUCCACCCCCGGUCAGACCAGACUGAAUACAAGUGUUCAGCCUGACAGGAGGAAGACAGUUGGACCUCAGAUCAGUGAUGUACACAACCAUGUAAAUCUCAGGAUCCGGAUCCUGGAAGACCCGCGAAUCAACGUGCUCAACGUCGAAGUGUUUCAGAAGUACCCCUUGCAGGAGCUCCGAUGUCCUUCUGUUCUAAAGGAGCCAGAAUUCCUGGACCUGCUGAGGUCCACUUUCCCUCAGCUGGCUGAUGAUAAACCUUUUGAUGUCCUCAUUACUGACAGAAGCAGGAAACUACGACCUCUGGAUGUAAAGACAUUAACACCACAGGAGAUCUCCAGGACCCUCGGCUCCAUAAUGAAUAACCACAUUUACUUCCGGCUGAAGUCACAAGAGGAAGCCCAGGCCAGUGCGGAAAAGCUUCAUCUCCUGCAGAGAAAAGUUGAUGAAGAAUCUCCAUCUACUUCAGGUCAAUCCAGACUGCAGACAAGAGUACAUCGCAAGACAUCGCAAGACAUUGAAACAGGGUCUGGUGAAGAAGACUCGGAAAGAGAAAGGUCACCCAAUGUCUGGAAUAUUCAGUCUCUGCUUCUCUCUGAUAGCGAAAAGGAGGAAGAAUCCGGGGAGGAGGUGGUUGAUGGAGAUGACGACUGGAAACCGAACAGAGGUGUUGCCAGUCUGAUGAAUAAAGAACCUGAGAUGGCGGAAACGUCACAACAACCCAAACGUUCAGGCGUCCAAGCAAAUAGAUUGAAGCUGAUCAGACGAAUGUUGACUAGUAACCACGAUCCUCUUCUGUCCUGUAAAGUCUGCGGAGCUCCACGAACCUCAAUGAACAUGUUGAUUAAACACUCGUGGAGUCACGUGGAUGAUACAGAAAAGCUUUGUGGUAUUUGUGGACAGAAUUCAGACUCUGCAGAUGAGCUUAGGAAUCACCUUCAGAGUCACCAGAAAACACGCAGUUGUCACAUCUGUAGAAAAUCUUUCCUCACCUCUCAAGGCCUCAGGGGGCACAUCGCUCGACAUACAGGAGAUAAACCGCACGUAUGUAACGUCUGCCAUAAGGCGUUCCCUGAGAAGUCGGCACUGAGUAUUCACAUGUGGACCCAUUCAGCGGAUAAGCCACACAAAUGUGAUGUCUGCCAAAAGUCAUUUCUUAAAAAGAUAAACCUUGAACACCACAGGGCGACCCACUCAGCGGAGAAGCUGUACAACUGCAGCGUGUGCAUGAAAACUUUCAAGAGUCAUGAACAUGUAUCCCAGCACAUGUUGAUUCAUUCAAGUCGCCCGGUCAGAGAAAGUAAGUACACCUGUGAAAUUUGCAGCAAAAGGUUUUACACAAACCAGAAAUUACAGUUCCACCUGAGUAGUCACACCAGCGAACUCCGGUCACACCGCCACAGCACGCCUAGAAGGAACCCGCCUGCGGCCUGGCCUUCAGUCAGAGCUAGUUUGUGAAAAAACAAAACCACAUGACGACCCCAUCAUUAUCAUUUUAUCAUUUGCUCACAACUUCGCAGAUCCAAGGUGACGUCUUGUGACUGAACUCAGUCUCCUGCCAUUUGAGAAGCUUAAACUUUAGAAAGAGAGUGUUUUGCUCAAACAAUUAAUCGGUUAUCAAGACAGUCCCAGAUUAUUAUUCUGUCUAUUGACUGAUUAACUUAGUGUUUCAGCCCCUAAGUUUACUAAAAGAUCUUUCCAUAAGAAUGAUGGUCAUUUCGUAUGAUCUUUUGUUUGCACAAAGGUUCUUUUUCCAGAUAUGUUGAAGUUGUAUCUUGGUGCCUGAUGCGAUGUUAAUGAUUAGUUUUAUUCUUACUGUGAACAAAUACACUAAAAAAGCUUAAGCCCGUUGGUUUUUACUGCGGAUGUAGCUCUCACAAAUGUAUAUAAUAUUAUUUUUAAACUUGACUUGUUAGCAGGUAAAUCAACGUCCCUGAACACGAUGUGCAGGAGCCAGGAGUUUUGUCAUUUUGGAACAAUCUAGACAUAAAUAUUUUUAAAACUUCCCAAACAUGUUGUUUAAUUUUUUUAAAGGCUCAGUAAUUUCAUUGAACAGCUGCUCACAGGAAAUUUUGUUGGAGACUAUUUCUAGCAAUGGAUUAAUCCACAUUUGAUCCUGUAGUGAGUAUUUACAGCAGUAAAUUGAACAUUACGUGUCACAGACUAUAUGUAAAGUUCAGUAAAGUCCCCAGAAAUGAGAAAUUCUGAUUAUCGCAAAUUUUAUCAUAUGACAUAAUCGGGGGAAAACAUGGUUAAGUGGGUAAUGGGGCUGUUUUAGCCAGAGAUUCAUACUCUUAACCUUCAAGGAUUCUCAUCAGGUUAGAGAGAUUAACAGUACGUACUUAUUAAAAAACUAAGAAAAAUACAUCUAACAAAGGUAUAAAAGUUUAUAAUGCACAAGCUCUUUUGUGUUUAUUCGUAGAAUUUCAAGAACAGCCUGAAUCCAAAGCAGUGUUGACAUGAAGCUUUGUGCUUUUUAUUUGUUUUUUGUUUUUGUUUUUUUUUUUGCCAAAAAUGUAAUUUUAUGUUUUACAAAGGUCAUUUUCACUGUUCUUGUUAUUUUUUUCACUAGUGUUCUCUUUUUUAUGAAUGAUGUGUUGUUGAAUUCUGGUGCGUUUGAUACAGAAGGCUCAGAAAAGCAUGUUCCUAAUAAAGUGCUCCCUCAACAUAUACUCCA